UCUAUUUCCUGCAAGUAGGAAGCGCAAGUUAUAAAAUGGAGGAUAAACGAGAAUGGACGAAACAGGGCACAGAAAAUUUUAUUGAAGCUGUGGAGAGCUACCCCGAAAUUUGGGACGUACAUAACCGGGACUUUAAGGAUCGAAUGAAGAAGAUGUGUGCAUUGAACGAAAUCUCGUCAAUAUUCGACACGUCGGUGAAAGAGGAAGAAGAAAUAGUUACAGGAGAUGAUGUGCCUGUUGCUAAUGAGGGGAAGAAACGAAAAAGAAAGGAGAAUAAAGGAAGUGGUAAUGGGCUCAUUGAAAAGGCAGAAAAAAUUCUGGGCCAGGAAAUUGAUGCUUUCCAACCAUUUGGAGAUUAUGUGGCUAGUGAGCUGUGGUCACUAAAAAAUGAAAAAAAUGUAAACAAACUGAAAAUAAUGAUUCUGAAAAACAUCAUUGAAAUAAGCGAGAUUGACAGUGCAGAAAUACCAUCCACUCCAGUUUCACCAGUGAGAGACACAAGUGCUGCCAGUCAAUGCAUACUUAAUGUUACAGAUUUUAUAAACAUAGAAUAA